AUGGAACGAUUAUAUCACGACACUAAUCAAUUGCUGCAAAAGGUUCAAAUCGACUUGGGAAGAUUGGAAACUUCGCAAAACGAGCAAGACGCUCAAGUAAUCGUUCGUUCGAUUUAUACGGACUUGAAAUCCCUUACCGAAAACUGCACGCGGUUGGAUCAUUAUGUUGCUAAAGAGCCGCCGACUGUUCGACAAAUGGCCCGAAUGAAAGUUGAACAACUAAGAAGCGAUGUUCAAAGAGUCGAUAUAGCAACGACAGGCGUUCAUCAAAAAAUGACAGCGAAAUGGAGAGCCGCUAGUGAAAGACAAGAAUUAUUGAAGCAGCGAUUCAAAGCCAAUGACACUGCUCUUUCAAUUGGCGAUCACGAGCUUCAACUAAAUGAUCGUCUUCAGUCAUCUCACCGAAGUCUGGACGAUCUCAUUAGUCAAGGUUCAUCAGUUCUUGAGAAUCUACAGUUUCAACACGCUAACUUGAAAGGCGUUCGCAGAAAGAUUCUAGAUGUCGGCAAAGUGCUUGGUCUUUCAACGACGACAUUGAAAGUGAUCGACCGUCGAAUGCAAGAAGACUUGUUCAUUUUCAUAAUCGCCGCAAUACUGUUUUGCAUCUUCAUGUACGUCUUCUACACGUUCUGGAAGAGAACAACCUAA